GCUCGCCUUACAUGACGUCGCAACACGCCCCACGUGGUCAGACGUACAUCGUUGGGUUGAGAAGGCGCGUAGCGUGCACCGUGAAGACGUAGAGGGAAGCGGGUCGGUGCGAACGGUUUUCUUGCUUAGGGUGGUCUCUGUUUAGUUUAGAAACUGGAGAAAAUGGCGGUAGAGUCGCGGGUGACGCAGGAGGAGAUUAAGAAAGAACCGGAGAAGCCGAUAGACCGGGAGAAGACGUGUCCCCUACUUCUAAGGGUGUUCACUACAACCAAUGGGAGGCACCACAGACCGGAUGAGUUCGCACGAGGAAAUGUCCCAUCCAGCGAAUUGCAGAUUUAUACAUGGAUGGAUGCUACUUUGAAAGAGUUAACCAGUUUAGUAAAAGAAGUUUACGGAGAUGCCCGUAAGAAAGGCACACAUUUCAGCUUUGCUAUUGUUUAUCCAGAUCUGAAGCGACCCAGCUACAGGAUAAAGGAGAUUGGAAGCACAAUUUCUGGAAGGAAGGGAUCAGAGGAUUCACUCUCAUUACAUUCACAGAGGUUCCAGAUUGGAGAUUAUUUAGACAUUGCAAUAACGCCUCCCAACAGAGUCCCACCCCAAGCUGGGCGUAUGAGACCAUACUGAUCUAAAAUUGUGGGAUUGUUUUUAUGGACUUUUUCCCUUUUUAUUACAUUUCCCAUUGUUUUGUUAGUUAAUUUGCUGCUGAAUAGCAGCUCUGUAAAAAAAAUUAUUUUCCCCCUUUAUAAAGUUUUUUUGUUAAUAACAAACA